AUGGGCUCCAUUCAAGAGCAGAAGAUCAAAAUAGCCAUCGUAGGCGGCGGAAUAGCAGGUCUCGCUCUUGGUGCUGGUCUGGCGAAGAAGUCACACAUCGAUUAUCACAUCUAUGAGUCUGUUCCAGAGUACAAGGAUGUAGGCGCUGGCCUGGCAUUACACAUGAACGCCAUCAAGGCAAUGGCGCUCAUAGGACCCGAAGUAAAACAAGCAUACUUCGACAAAGCGCUAGAGAUGGGAGAGGAGGACCAAGUGAUGUCCACAGAAGUCAUACUCGCACAAGGACCACAUCAAGGCACACUGGUCGCAGAACUUGGCAAAGCGAAGGGCAGGAAGACGGUCAGUCGAGCCGAUCUGCUGGAUGGAUUACUAGAGCUCGUACCCAAGGACCGCAUAACCUUCAACAAACGUCUCGAAAGCAUAGACAGCUCUGACUCCGGCUCAACAAUCACCUUCAAAGAUGGCAGUACCGCACAGGCAGACUGCAUACUGGGGUCAGAUGGUGUCCACAGCAUAACCCGCAAAUAUAUCCUCGGCGCCGACCAUCCAGCAGCCGAACCAGUAAACCACGAAGGCUGGCAGGUUUAUCGUACGAUGGUCUCCGCUGACUUCGCAAAGCAACACAUCAACCCGAAGUGGACUCAAACCGUCCCUAUCUUGCUCGGACCAAGAGGCCACGUGAACUGCAUCCCACUGAACAAAGGCACUCGAUUAUCUGCCGGAGUCGCAGUCCGAGGAGCUAAGUUCGCCGAAGGUGGCAAAGCUCCCGAUCUCGAUCCGGAGCUUUACAAAGAUUACAGCGAGGAUGCUCAGAAAAUCGUCCGGAUGGUGGCGAGAGACACCAGCGCUUCUUGGACAGCUGCAGAUCAUGACCAUGCCGAGACGUACUUCAGAGGCCGUGUAGCAAUGUUCGGCGAUGCUGCGCACGCUAGUAUGCCGUUCGCUGGUAAUGGCGCGGCACAAGCGCUUGAAGACGCAGCAGUGUUGGAUUGUUUGUUCGGGAAACUCGAAUCGGUUGAGCAGCUCGAAGCUCUCUUCUCGGCCUACGACACUGUCCGACGGCCUCGAUCACAGGCUGUGGUUGAUCUAGCGCGGAAGUUCGGACGGGUCUAUGCUUACGCGGAAGAGGGCAUGCAUGAGGAUCCGGUCAAGAUGAAGCAGUUUUUCGGUGGUGCGGCGGCGUUCACGAAUAAUGCCGAUUUGCAGAAACAAAAUGAUGAUGCUGUGGAAUUGUUUGAAGCUGCUGUCAAGGCUGCGAAGGGGGGCGCGGAUACUGGCGUCGCUGAUACGAGCGUUGAGAUCGUUUAA